AUGACCAACCAAGAGGUUGUCUGCAAAGGUUUCUGUAAAGCGAAUUUCCAUUUUAAUUGUGCAAAAAUAUCGGAGGCGCUUUACAAGGAAGUUGAUAAUCAGCCCGGAUUAUUCUGGAUGUGCAAAGGAUGUCGUGACGUCAUGGCGAACGCUCGUUCUAGAAACGCCAUGGUAUCGAUCAAUGCUGCUGCUAAGGAGGUAAAAGACGUGUACCAGAAACUUGUUGAUGAUCUGAAGACGGAUAUCAAGGAGAGUUUGAUUGCAGAACUCAAGCAAGAGAUCCAAGGUGGCUUCAAUAAGCUGACCCCUGCUGUCUCGUCGCCUUUACCUCGUCAUUUCAACUUUAAUUUUGGUAAUCGAUCAACGCCGAAAAGAGGUCGUGAUGAGGACAUAUUGCCUUCACAAGAACAACCAACGAAAAUCUUCCACGGUACCGGUCAGUCCGUAAACAAUACGCUUUUGAGAUCAGGAUCGAGAGCUGAUGACAAAUUUUGGGUGUAUCUCUCCAAAAUAUCUCCAGAUGUCAAGGAAGCAGAUGUCCAACAACUAGUUAAGGAGCGCUUAUCGACGGAUGAUGUUAUUGCUAAGCCGCUAGUUCCAAAGGGUCGGCCAUUGUCAACUUUGACCUUCGUCUCUUUCAAGAUAGGCGUCAGUCAAGAUCUGAAGGCCAAAGCUAUGGACCCUUCUACGUGGCCCAGAGAAAUCGAGUUCAGGGAAUUCCUAGAGUAUGGUACAAAUGUACAACAUUUUUGGAAGCCCCCGCAAGUCAUCGACACGGGAACAUCAGCAACGAACCAAUCACAGCAACUCCCCAUCCAGGGAGGGAGUCAGUAA